CUUCGUCUCGGCUGAUUUUAGGAGAAAGUAAACAGCUCUGCACACGUCUUAUCAGUGAGGAGCAGCCUUGUAACCGUGCGGCGCUAUCCAUGCUAUCUCGGGCCAAAACAGGACGAGCCCCCCCCCUCGGUGCAGAUGUUUCAGCUUGUUCUCAUGUCGUGCACAACGAGACGACACCGGUCUUUGCGUUCAUCGAGAAGACAGGAGGAUGACCUGCGAUCACCUGAGACGAUUGUUGGCACUUUCCAUCAUAGCGUGCGUCACGAGCGUGGCCUCCGGCAUCCCAGGCAGGCGAUAUUUCCAGAAGAAAGUCUCUGUUAUGCUGGAAAAGGAGCCAGAAACCCCCAAAUGCUUUGCAGAGAGCAAGGACUUGACCUGCUUUUGGGAGGAAGAUGAGGAGAGGGCUGGCUCUGUGGAGCAGUAUUCCUUCAUAUACACCUACCAAAAUGAAAACGGCAGCGAAUGCCCACUGACAGUCCACAAUAUGUCCGGGGGAAAGAAGCUGUACAGCUGCCACCUGGAUCAAGCUUGCAUGUUUGUCCAAAUGGACAUUCAAAUUCGUCGAGACGGAAACCUGAUCCACAAUCGCAGCCUUCAGGUGGAACGUUUGUUUCUGCUGGACCCUCCCGCUAACGUGACUGUGAGUAGCACUGGUCAAGAGGGUCAGCUGAAUGUCAGCUGGAUACCUCCUCCUCUCAAACACAUGGAUGACAGCAUGAUGUACGAGGUCUCCUACGCCACGGUCGACAGUCGUACGGCGCAGCUGGUUUUGCAGGUCGAGGUGGUACAAGCCAGCUCCAGGAUGAUCUUGAGGAGCCUGCAGCCAGGCACUAAGUACACGGUGCGGGUUCGGGUGAAACUGGAUGGAAUUAGCUACAAUGGCUACUGGAGUUUGUGGAGUGACCCAGUAUUCAUGGAGACACCGCCUGCAGAACUCAACCCACUCAUUGUGUUCCUAAUCCUCAUCAUGUCUUUCAUCCUCAUGGUGCUGUCUUUCACUGUGCUCGUGUCCAAUCGCAGGUUUCUAAGAAAGAAGAUUUGGCCAACUAUUCCAACUCCCGAUGGAAAGUUUCAAGGCCUUUUUACUGAUUACGGUGGUGACUUUCAGGAGUGGUUGAGCCAUACAACUGGGGGCUUGUGCUCGACCCCAGCGUUGUUCUACAACGAGGAAUACCCCACUUCUCUGGAGGUUCUCUCAGAGCUAAGCCUGAAGCCCCCACUACCCGCUCCAUCUCUACCACCAAAAAUGUCGAGCGCUUUCACACUCCAAUACACAGAGGAGGAUGUGCAGGAGGGUCUGGAUUUGGCACUGAGGAAAAAGCCACAACAUCACUGGCUGAUGGAGAACCUAAGUGUGCAGAACCAGCACCCUGUUCCUUGCUCCCAGUCAUCUCGACUGGAGUCUCAGGAUACUUAUGUCACCCUCACUGAGAACAACCGCAGCCAAGAAAAUAACACUUUGCCCCUAGAGGUGCUUUUGGCCUUUAAAAAGACAAUGCUGACUGAAGCUCACUGACCUGGGUCUGUACCACAGCUUCAGUAACCAACGCACGGCUGGAUACCCAAAAGACAUGGGCUACACACUCCAAGUCCUCUGUGGAACAUAGUCCCAUGAGUAGAGCCGAUUAUUUACGCCUGUUCAAGGAUGAACCUUCCUGCCAAUGCAGCCAUUAGACCAGGAUGACUCCCGAGUUGACAAACACUCAGAUGGAUGGGACUGAGGCAAGCAGAAGACCAUUUGGAUCAUCAGCCUUCUCAUCAGCACCGCCAUAAUGACAAAGAAUUAUCUCCAUCAUUUCUUAAUGAUCAAAGUCUUCCGAGACCUGUCAGAGUACUUAGAAAUGCUAAUCUCUGUGUUGUUCUCGCUAAACACUAGUAUUCAGGUUGGCAUAUACAUCUGGUGUCCCUGUAGAAUGUGUAUAACUUUACAAAAUUUGAUUGGCCUUUCCUUAGAGAUUCUUUUACUGUAUAUUCAGGAAAUUGUAAUAAUUGUUAGCAAAGAAAACACAGCUGAAACUUUGAAAGACUGAACACAGAGCAACGAGCCAUCAAUAUUUAAAUGCUUCGCCGACAGAUGAUGGCGGAUCUAAAAGUCCAUUCAUUCAUUUGCUAUGACUAUUCAGUCCAGGUGUACUCCAUCCCUACUGGUCGCCAGUCAAUCGCAGGGCGAUCGUGGAGCGUGCGUAGAGGGCCACACCAACGAAAUGAACUUCAACCUUGGGAAACACUUAACUAUAUGGCUCUUCUUUUGACAAGUACUCCCUUACAUCUGACAGAACUUAUUUCUCUCUGCCAUUAUAACCUCAUCGUCAGAGCAAAGGAGGUACUGUAAGUCCACUGCCAUCCUCUGGGUGUUUUGGGCUACAGCUCCACAUAUUCACCCACUAUGUACUAAGAAUUAACGUCUGUUCCCAUGCUAGUACCGUUUUGUGCAGAUUAAUGCGAGUUGUGCCAUCAUGGAGGUCUGCAUGGAAGUAGUUCAACUUGCCAUAAUUGGCAUCGUGUCGUUCUUCAAGAGACCACAAAUGUCUUUAUUAGACUGAAUCAAUAGAGCCUUUACUGGUUGCAGCCAAGUAGUGCACUCCGUUUUUCCUCAAUUGCUUUGAGGCAUGAUUAAUCAACAAUCAAUUCCACACAAUAUAGCAAUUCAUUGAUUACGACCAUCCCCACUCAGAAUCUUGGUUGCUACAAGUGAUUAGAAA